AUGAAAUCAAAUAAAAAUAAAUCUAAUAAUAAAAAAGAAAAUACAAAUAAUAGUAAUAAUAAUAAUGUAUCAAGUUAUGAGGAAGUUUUAUCAAAACUACCAAGUUAUUCACUUGAAGUUUAUGAAAAUGAUUGUUGGUAUUCAUUUAGACAAAAUUUUAAAGAAUUAAUUUUAGAACCAUUAUCAUUAUUAACAUCAGGAGAUGUUAUUGUAGUAUCUACAAUCAAAUCACCAAAGAAUAGUAACAUUAGUAAUAAUAAUAAUAAUAAUAAUAAUAAUAAUGACAAUAAUAGCGAUGAUAGUGAUGAUGAGGAUAAUAAUGAUGGAGAUCAAGAUGAUAGUGAUGGUGAAGAGGAAGAUACAGGUAGUUCUAAUAACCAAUAUUAUUGUCCAUUUUGUAAAAAAAGGUUUCAAACUGAACAAACUUGGAAUACACAUAUUAAUAGUAGCAAACAUUUAAAAGCCAUUAAAGAUCAAAAAAAGAAAACAACCAGUUUAAAUUUAACUCCAACAAAAGCAUCACCAAAUAAAAACAAUAGUAAUAACAAUAACAAUAAUAAUAAUAAUAUUAGUUCAAAAGAUUCAGAUUUUUUAUUAGAACAGAUAAAUUUAAUACAACAAUCAAUUAAAAUAAAAAAUACUAAACCAAAUCUGGCUUGUAAAAAUUUAUUCAAUGUUGCCAAAUCAUAUAGCUCGAGACAGUAUAUUAGAGAUUCUGCUAAAACCCUAUAUAUAUUAUUAGAUGUUUUAAAAUCACAACAACAAACAACAGAAUCACCAACAUUAAAUAAUAUUUUUCAAACAGCCUCACUAUCAUGUAAAACCAAUUUAUAUAUUGCAAGAUUAACAAGAUUGUUUCAAGCUAGUUUAUCAGAGCAUCACUAUAUUCAAGCAUUUCUUCAACUCUCUUUAGUUUCAAAUGAAGAUUUUACCAAAUAUGAAAAUAUAGUUUCUCUAUCCUCCAAUAUUACAAAUUUAUAUAAAGUAUUUUUAAAUAAAAUUAAUAUAUUAUUAAAAGAGAUUAAAAAGAAACAACAAGAACAAGCACAACAAGCACAACAAGAACAACAAGAAAAUACAAUUGAAAAUAAAGUAAAGGAAGAAGGAAUAAAUCAAGAUGACGAAAAAAUUCAAACUAUUUUAAAUUAUUUAAAUGAAAUUGCAGGUGGUUUAUGUUAUUGUAAAGUUAGUUUUAAAUCAGUAGUAGUUUAUUUAUUAGCAACAUGUAUAGGUUAUAAAUUUAAAAAAUAUAGAGAAUCACUUCAAUCCAAUCAAAGAGCAUUAAAACUAUUAGUAUCACUUAAACAAUAUCAUUGGUCAAUAGAUUUAUAUUUAAAUAAUAUUUUAAUAAUUUUAAAAAUUAAAAAACAACUGCAACAAUCACAAUCACAACAAUCACAACAACCACAAUCACAACAAAUACAAGAAAAAGAAAAAGAAGAAUAUAAUAAUUUAAUUAAAGAUAAUUUAAUUAAAAUUUUUAAAUACUGUUAUAUGAUUCAAGACAAAGCCAGGUUAAAAUAUAUAUUGGAUAAUGAAAAUAUAAAAAAAAUAUUUAAUUUAAAACAAUUUAAAAACGAUGAACAGCUAUUAUGUUUAAAACAAUUAUCAACCUAUUAUUUACAGGAUAGUUUCGACGAAAUUGAUUCACUCAAAGAUCAAUACGAACAUAUCAUUUUUACAAAUAAAGAAUUUAUAUUUAUAUUUAAUCAAUUUUUUAUAAUCAAUAAUAAUAGGCUAAUAAUAAAUUAA